UCCAGCGAGUCCCUGUCCCUGCAGGCCCCCCCGCCAUUCACACGGCCACGUCAGCUAACAAGCACUCCCGAUUCGGCAGGGCCUGGCAACACUGGAAAAUGCUGCUCCUUCCGUAUACCUGUCUCCUCUGGCUGUCGACCACGGGCCUCUGGACUGUCCACGCCAAGGAUGCCAGUGCUGACGUGAGCCCCAGGGGCCCUCACCGGAACCUGGCUCCUAACAAUGUGGACUUUGCCUUCAGCCUGUAUAAGUAUCUCGUGGCCUCCACUCCUGGCAAGAAUGUCUUCAUCUCGCCUGUCAGCAUCUCGAUGGUUUUGGCUAUGCUGUCUCUGGGCGCCAGGGGCGACACGCGGGCCCAGAUCCUCCAGGGUCUGGGUUUCAACCUCAGUGAGAUAUCUGAGGCUGAAAUCCAUCAGAGCUUCCGACACCUCCACCGCCUCCUUGGGGAGUCAGACACUAGCUUGGAAAUGACCAUGGGCAGCGCCUUGUUCCUGGACCACAGCCUGGAGCUUCCGGAGUUGUUCUUGGCAGAUACCAGGCGCUACUAUGAGCUGGAGGCCUUAAAGACAGAUUUCCAGGACUGGGCCAGAACUGACAGACAAAUCAAAGAGCAUAUCAAGAAUAAGACCCAGGGGAAAAUCUCAGACUUGUUCAUGGAACUGGAUGGCCCAGCCAGCCUCAUCCUGGUCAACUACAUCUUCUUCACAGGCACGUGGGCACAGCCCUUUGACCCGGAGAGCACCAGGGAAGGGGACUUCCACGUGAACGCGGAUCGCGUAGUGACGGUGCCCAUGAUGUUCCAGUCGAGCGCCAUCAAGUACCUGGACGACCCGGAGCUGCCCUGCCAGCUGGUGCAGCUGGACUACACGGGCAACGGGACCGCCUUCCUCAUCCUUCCGGAUGAGGGAGAGAUAGACACGGUCAUCACCGCGCUGAGCCGUGACACCAUUCAGAGGUGGUCCACGUCCCUGAACAGCAGUUGGGUAGACCUGUAUGUCCCAAAGGUGUCCCUCUCCGGAGCCCAUGACCUCAGGGGCAUCAUGGCUGACAUGGGCAUUGCUGACCUGCUCAACAACCAGACAGACUUCUCAGGCAUCACUCAAGAGGCCCGGCUGGAGGUGUCAAAGGUGGUCCAUGAGGCGGGGCUGCAGCUGGAGGAGAAGGGCGUGAAGGCCGCGGGCGCCCCUCGGGUGCGCCAGGACGAGGGCGCCGAGCCUCGCACCCUCCGCUUCGACCGGCCCUUCGUCGUCAUGGUCUUCGACAACUUCACCUGGAGCAGCCUGUUCCUGGGCAAGGUGGUGAACCCCAGCUGA